AUUCCUCUGUCUCUCUUUCUCUCUCUCCAGAAGAAAUUAGGAAUUCAUUUUCCGUGUCUUUUCUCUUUCUCUCUCACACACUCACACAGUGUCCUUUAGUAGUAUAUCUUUUCUUUCUUCGUGGGAGCUGAGAUGGUACACGAAAUGAAUGAGAAAUACUACAUCAUCAAAUAGAAUAGUUCCCAAAAAAUGUAUCGUAGAUUAGAGAAGGUAAGUAGUAAUAUUGAUGAAAAUGUUCACAGAAUCGCGCCAAGAUGUACUUCGUUUAGGCACAUUGUAACUUUUACUUUUAAUUAAUAUAAAUUACUAUGGUUUACUCAAAAAUAAAAAAAUAUAUAGAAUAGUUCCCACAGAACUCACCAUCUCAACCAUAAUCGAAUCACGCCUCUCUCUCUCUCUCUCUCUCUCUCCUUUCCUAAUUUCCUUUCCUUCGUCCCCCCCCCCACAGUAUUUUUUUUUCUUUUAAAAAAAAAGCUCAUCUUAAGUUCUUACAUCAAUCCCCACACUAUAAAGUUUGUCACAGACUCUCCAACAUUUCCUCUCUUUCUUAUUCGUUUUCUCUCUUUCUUUCCCCUUUAGAGAGAGAGAGAUAGAGUUGGUUUUUUAGAUGUCUAUCAACCAUUUCUCUGCUGAAGGACUCUGGUGGGGGCAACCACAAUACCACCACCACCACCAUAAUAACAUGGAUACUUCCCCUAAAAGUAGCUCCGGCACCACCACCGCCACCAACUCCGCCUCCUUUUGGGGCAAUUCUCAAUUCCACCACCACCCAAUUGCCUCCUCUACCAACCCUUCUCCUUCCAGCUUAAAUUUCGACCUCAACAAUGAAGAUGACGAGGAAACCGUGGAUGAACAUCCCGACCGCCACCGCCGCAACUUCAAACCGGAGGAAGAGGAGGAUGAGGAGGCGGCGGCGGAGAAGGAAAUUCCGAAAGAACCAUUGUUCGAGAAGCCAUUGACUCCCAGCGACGUCGGCAAGCUGAACCGCCUGGUUAUCCCGAAACAGCACGCCGAGAAAUACUUCCCUCUCAAUGGCAAUGACUCCGGCGGUGAAAAGGGCCUUUUACUGAGUUUCGAGGACGAGUUGGGAAAGCCCUGGAGAUUCCGUUAUUCUUAUUGGAAUAGCAGUCAAAGCUACGUGUUGACUAAAGGCUGGAGCCGUUUUGUUAAGGAAAAGCGGCUCGACGCCGGAGAUAUAGUCUUGUUUGAACGCCACCGGUUGGACGGCGAACGGCUGUUUAUAGGUUGGAGGAGGAGGAACGCGGUGCAAGAUAGCGGAGCCGGCGUGGUUGCUCAGGCGGCGGUUGGCGGUGGCGGUGGCGGUGGUGGUGGUGGUGCAGCUAAUGGGUGGACCCGGGUGUACUUUUCAUCUGGGCUGAAUAAUAAUCCUUAUCCAGUAGGAGCAGCAGCAGCAGCACAGCAGGCUCAUCAUCGUCAUGGACAUGGGCCUGGAUUCCCAUACCAACCUGACUGUCUUCAUGCAGGAGGAGGAGGUGGAGGAGCAGUAUCAGUUGGGCAGCAUAACCAGACAACAACCACCAGUGCCAACUCCAAGACACUGAGGUUGUUUGGCGUGAAUCUGGAAUGUCAGCAGCAACCCGAUGAGGUGGAUUCCGAUCAGUUUCAGGCGCAGCAGUCGGCGGCGGCCACCCCGCCUGAGUUGGGCUUCGGUCAUCAUUCCGAUCGUCAUCAGCAAGGUCAACAACAACAACAAGGCUACUACCAAUUCCAGUAUUACCCUAAAGUUCAUCAUCAUCCAACAGCUUAUUUUAACCAUCACAAUCACAUGGUACGCUACUGAGGAGUAUUUUAUUUGAUUAAACUAAUACUACUACUAAGUCGUUUAGUUCCAAAAGCUAGAGAGAUGUAGUGAUGAUGUAUGUAGCUUCUUCUUUUUUUUUUAUUUUAGAUUUUUAGUCUUCAAAAUUUUUAUAUAUAUAUAAAAAAGAAGAAGAAGUAGCUAGCCAUCAUGGAUGGGAAGGUAAAGAUUUGACCAGUCCAAUUUCCCAUAACGAUCUUGCUGUUUCCCCUAAUGAGACAUAGACACACUAAAACUACAGUACAUAGAACAAAAACCCAUUAGAUCUUCUUUUUACUCUCUAGACCCUCAAAAAAGAAAAAGUCUAAUACGUAGUAAUGUGCCUAACCAAAAUGGAUUUUUAGUUAAACCAGAAAUAGUGUUGCCAAUCCUACCAUAUAUAUGUAUCCUGCCUUCCUCUUACUUUUUCAAUUAAGUAAUCUAUUUGGACAAGUAAAUGUUCAUUUUGAGGAAAAGGGGGAACUGAAAUGUAUGAAAUUCAGUGUCAUCAUCACACAUUUUGGAGUUAACUUGCUCUGCUGGUGAAUGAACUCUUCUCUUGUAUUCCCUUUUCUCUUUCUCUCUUUUCUAACAGUCAACUAUACCCAAAAAAAAAAAAAAAAAAAAACCCAGUCCAAAGUACACGCAUCCGCCACUUCCCAUACCACCCAAAUACCCACCCCUAUCAAGCCUAAUAGGGUCAAACAUCAAAAAGCCUCCCCACCGGCACCGCCCUUUAGAAUAUGAUUAAGAGGAAGAAUCGUGUGUAAACUGGACACUUGCAUCAGGGUUUGUGGAAAUGCAUUGAUUUUUUAGGCAUUUUACUAAAGAAUGACUUUUUCUUUUUUUUUCAUUCCAAAAUUCAAAUAUGUUGUAGUAGUUCGGUAUUAUAUUUCGUCUGUCUAACAACCGGGUUUGUGGUAUUUUGGUGUUAUGGUUUGUGGUCCUGAGCCAACUUUGAAAAUCGUUGAAAUUUUAACUUGGUAAGUAGUAGUACCAUAAGAUAUUUAUUUCCCCAGCAAUAGGCCACCUUUUUUUUUGGCUAAGGUCAUCACAUUGUCAACUUGCACAGUAAAUUACGCCCACAGGGCUCUCUAUUUUUUGAGAACCCAAACCACCACGCCUUCAAUAAUGCAUCAUCCUCAUCAUCAUCUUCUUUCAUUUGUGUUUUGCCAAAUGCCACUUCUCACCUUUUCCGAUUUCGCUAAACUUUCUCGGAAAACGCAACAAAUAUGAUUCUUUUAUUUUUAUUUGACACAAAAAAUUGGAUUAUUUGGUUGUGAAUGUUGUAACGCACAGCUAGCCAAAUGGUGGUUUCAUAUUUGCAUUCUUACAUACGUGGAGUCGUGGAAAACGAAAAUUGCCAUAUAAAAGCAAAAUUGUAAAUGAAACAUCUACAUCACCAGAUGAGGAAUGGUCCAAACGUAUGGAUGGCCUUAAAAUUUUUGAAGCUGUCUUUUUAUUUUUAUUUUUAUUUUUUUAUGCAAUUGCUCAAAUAAACAACCCCAUCACAAUUUUUAUUAAUUGGACUAGUAGUAGCACUAAUGAUCACGAGCUGUGUGUUUGGUGCAGAAUAUCAAUUUCUCAAGGGAUACAAGCCAGACCAGAUAUUGGCAGGGAUAAGAUCUGGAAGAUGUGACGUCCAGUAUUUGACCUAAAAUGGGCCACUUAGGUUGUCAAGAAAAAAGAAAAGAAAAAAAACAUUUGAAAAAUACACAUGGAGAAAAACAAUCUAUAGAGAAGAUCCCAGGUUUUCUGGCAUCUUUCUCUCAGCAGGGAAAAAAAAAUGGAAAAACAAGAAAAAAAAAUAGAAAAGAAAAAGAAAAGGUGGCAACUGGCAAUGGCUGAAUGGGUUUAACCAGAUCAUGCCAAACCAUAGGAUGAGGAAGAGAAGUAUGAGAGAGCUUUUUGAGUGUUUUUGACAGAGACCCAUGGAUUAGGGGGGGGAUGAUAAUGAUGAUGAAUGAUAUGGAGAAAUGCAGCUAGCAGAUGGGAAAUGGGCCCACGAGAAUAGUAGAUCCCUGAAGCUGAUGUUACCUAGGCCCAAAUUGUAAGGGAAUGUGGGUCGUGGGCAAUCAAAAGAAUCUCUCAUUUGCAUAGGUUUCUGAUCAGAUUUCUACUGUAGAGAUACUGUCCUCAAAAAGAUUUUUCAAAGGGGCACUCAUCAUAACAAAAUCGUAUAGUGUAACCAGUAAUAGUAGUAGGAUUGAAGAUGAAAAAAGCCGGAGAUAUUGGGCGUGGAGUGGAGUGGAGAGCGGAGUGGGUGGACUUAGCAGAGCUGACGGGACGGCGUUUUGAUUGAUUUUUUGGUUUUUUUUGGCAGCCUUCCUUGCCUCCUCCAAUCACUUGUAGUUGUAGCCAUAACCUGAUUUUGGUGUUCUUUGUGAUCAAUUUGCUCAUCCAGCAAGUCACUGAUUUUACUACUACUAUUCCCCUAACCACCCUCCCGAUAGAUGAUAUAUUGUACCAUAAUGCUAAUCAAUGUUAGUCUCAAUUCUUUACUAAUCCUACUUGUAAUGAAUCAAAUUCAAUGAGAAUUUUAUCAUAUUUGUUAAUUCUAGCUUAUCGAAUCUUAAGAUCAAAUUCGGGUCAAUUUUGGUUGGCCUAUCACUUGUAUUCUGAGGAGGGCUGACUUGGACUGAAUUUGUAGGGAGCAUGGUGUACUUAAUUAAAAGAAGAAGAAGAAGAAGAAAGCACUUCAAUUGUUGUACGGAAAGAUUAGGAUUCAUAGAAAAUGCAUGCUUGCUUGCAUUUUGGGUUGGGUCUGUCUGUCUCCCUCACCGCUCUGAGCACUGACCACAGACCACGUUUUAUUUUCAAUCUUCUAAGCUACCAAAAUCAUGCACGUUCUUACUUAUUCCUCCUUCCGCAAUUCC